AUGGCGGCGCGGCUGCUCCGCCUGCGAGGCUUGGUGAGGGCCGCCGGCCCCCGCUCCUUCUCUGCCCAGGCCAGUCCUCUGCAAACUGAACAGCACGGCACAAAGCGCCCGGAACCAUCUUCUGCUAAAAGUUUGAUUGAUAUAGGCACUCGGAGGAUCUUCUCGUCAGAUCAUGAUAUCUUCAGGGAGAGUGCCAGGAAGUUCUUUCAGGAAGAAGUGCUGCCUUUCCACGCAGAGUGGGAGAAGGAGGGCCAGGUGAGCAGGGAGCUCUGGGAAAAGGCUGGCCAGCAGGGUUUGCUGGGUGUUGCUAUUGCUGAAAAACAUGGAGGCAUCGGAGCGGAUAUUCUCUCUUCAGCCGUGGUCUGGGAGGAGCAGAUGUAUGUUAACUGUACGGGCCCAGGAUUCAGCCUUCAUUCGGAUAUAGUCAUGCCCUAUAUUGCAAACUAUGGCUCUGAAGAACAGAUUAAGCACUUUAUCCCCAAAAUGGUGGCAGGCAAGUGUAUUGGAGCUAUCGCCAUGACAGAACCCGGGGCUGGCAGUGACUUGCAGGGAAUACGAACAUAUGCCAAAAAAGAUGGAAGUGACUGGAUUCUUAAUGGGAGUAAGGUAUUCAUCACUAACGGUUGGAUGAGUGAUGUAGUGAUCGUGGUUGCAGUUACAAACCGGGAGGCCCGAUCUCCUGCUCAUGGAAUCAGCCUUUUUCUGGUGGAAAAUGGAACAAAAGGUUUCAUCAAAGGACGCAAGCUGCACAAAAUUGGCCUGAAAGCUCAAGACACAGCCGAGCUGUUUUUUGAAGACGUGCGGUUGCCAGCCAGUGCCUUGCUUGGAAAAGAGAACAAGGGCUUCUAUUAUCUGAUGGCAGAGCUCCCUCAGGAAAGACUGCUAAUUGCUGAUAUGGCUCUUGCCAGUUGUGAAUUCAUGUUUGAAGAAACAAGGAAUUAUGUGAAGCAAAGAAAAGCUUUUGGGAAGACAAUUGCACACUUGCAGACUGUACAGCACAAGUUGGCAGAAAUGAAAACUCAGAUUUGCGUGGGCCGAGCUUUUAUGGACAACUGUUUGCAGCUGCACGCAGAUAAACGUCUGGACUCCUCCACAGCUUCUAUGGCAAAGUACUGGUGUUCUGAUCUCCAAAACAGCAUAGCUACACAGUGUGUGCAACUGCACGGAGGAUGGGGGUACAUGUGGGAGUAUCCAAUUGCAAAAGCUUUUGUGGAUGCCCGUGUUCAGCCAAUCUAUGGUGGUACCAAUGAAAUAAUGAAAGAACUUAUUGCUAGAGACAUUGUCAGUGACAAGUAGGGCAGACGCUUACUCCUUUGGAGAGUCUCCUGGCAUCCUUUUAUAUUAAUAUAUGGCAUAAAAUCAGACAUCAGAAUGUAAGUAAAAUGAAUGUGGUGUAUCAUAUUCUUUCAAGGAAGUGACAAUAUUAAAAAAUGCAUAUGGAGAGUAUCUAAUAUUUAAUGAACUUUCAAGUUAAAGAUCUUUGGAUGACGCACACUAAUUCUCUGGGUUCCUAAAGUUCUGGUAGCAAAAGGCAAUUUUGUGUCUGGAACUUUAUGGGUAGCUUGGUCCUUCAGACUUGACACCGUUAUAUUGAAUCUAACCCUCGCUUUUGGGAGACCAAUCUCUUCUCUGGGCAAGAAUUAACAAGUAAACAGAAGUUACAUGUUAGUAUACCUCCAAGUUUUUGUUUCCCCCUUGACAAAUAUCACUGUGUCCAAGUAGAACUUGCCACUUGCUCACAGGGCCUGGGGGGGGAAGCCCACCACUGACUGCUAUGUUUACACGUAACCCUGAAUGCCUUAUUUUUAAUCACUUUGUUCAGAAAAAAACCAACACAAUAAAGCAUUUCUAUGCAA